CCAAUAGGGCCUUUCUAUUGGUUUGUAGGCGGUGCUAAAGGUUUGGCGCGUACUUGCAAACAACAACACACCGAAAACAACAUGGAGGUGAGCGCAGAACCGGAGAAAAAAGAAAUAUCAACAAAAACUGGGAAUGAAGCGUCUAUUGAAAACCAGGUGGACAAGGAUAUUUCGGGUCAGUCUACAGACCUGAGUAACAACAGUGAAAACAAGGCGGGCGUGUCGGCGAACAGACUCAAGCUUUUUGACAAAGUUAUGGAGAAGAGCUUGCAAAGAGUUAUUGCGGACGCCAGCUUUCACAGAUUCGCCAAGACCUUUCACCCGUUCUACAAACAGAAGCCCCAGCUGACGGAGGACAUCCACCGGCAGUUCGUCUCCGAACUACAGACCGCAGUCCAGGAUGACAUCAGGCAGAUCAUGGAGGAGGGGAACCUGCAGUCUAAGCUGGAGGAGCUGGACAGACUGGAGGAGGAGUCCAGGGACAGCACGGAGCCCGCGUGGCGUCCCAGUGGGGUGCCGGAGCAGGACCUGUGCAGCUUCGUGAUGCCGUACUACCUGAAACAGCGGGAGUUCCUGCGGCGCGAGCUGAAGAGGCAGCAGAAGGAGAACGCUGCCCUGGCCCAGAGGGUGCAGGCGGGGCGGGACACGAUCGCCCAAACCGAGCAGCGCAUCGCCAGCGGGGUAGAGGAGUGGAGGGCAUCGACGAGCACUUUGAACACGCUGUCUUCUCUGGCCCCGAUGCAGAACUUUGACACCAUGUGACUUCCUGUUCCUGUUCAAAAGUAGCCUCUUCCUUUUGUUUGAGACUCAGAAGACCACACAGCCUUCCUGAGAUGAACGUCUCAAAGCUUCAGAGUAUAAAUAAAUGAGAAUCUGUAAGACCUGCACGCUGUUGGAGGAGCACACAACGUUCCUGAGAUGGACCUCUCGAAGUUUCAGGGCCCUGUUUCACAGAUUGGGAUUACUGAGUUAAGAGCGCACGGUAAAACCCAGCACAGCACUUUGUGUUUUGUGUUUUACUGAGUGCAGUUAUUCAGAUAAUUCAGUAGUCCUGCUUCGUGGAACAGGCCCCAGAGUUUUAGGGAU